AUGACACCAUAUGAGGCACUUUAUGGAAAGAAGUGUGGAACUCCUCUUUGUUGGACCGAACUUAGUGAAAAUAAAUUAGUGGGAUCGAAAUUAAUAAGAGAAACAGGAGAAAAGGUGAAGAUGAUCAAUGAUAAAUUGAAAGCUGCUUCAAAUAGACAAAAGUCGUAUGCAAAUUUGAAGAGGAAAGAUAUUGAGUGUGAAGUUGGAGACAAUCUUUCUCAAAGUAUCUCUACAGAAAAAAGUCUUGAGAUUUGGCAAAAAAAGAAAGUUAAUUCCGAGGUCAUCAAGCGUAUUGGUCUAGUAGCCUAUAGAUUAGCUCUGCCACCAGAUUUGGCUAAAAUCCAUAAUCUGUUCCUUGUAUCGAUGUUGAGGAGAUACAGAUCCAAUCCCUUACAUGUCAUUACAACUAAGACCAUUGAUAUUCAAUCUGAUUUAACAUUCGAUGAGGAACCGGUGAAAAUUUUAGCUCGAGCAAUCAAAGAGUUGGGAAACAAAUAA